UCCAUUCUACAGCACAAGCCGGCCUUCUUCCUCUUCCCCUCUGCUGAGCUCAAUCCGCAAUCCACUCCUUCCUCCAAACCAAGCACCAAAUCAUCUCCACCAACCUCCUCAACCCUACCUUGCCGACGUCUGUCUUCCAAGGCAAUGAAGGAGUGCGACAGCUACGACUCCUGCAAGCGCCGCCGCAUAAUCCGGCGAAUUAUUUACGCCAUCGUCCUCUUCAUAAUCCUCAUCCUCCUCGCAAUCCUCAUCGUCUGGCUCGUCCUCCGGCCCACCAAACCCCAAUUCUACUUACAAGACGCCAGGGUUCUCGGAUUCAACCUAUCCGCGCCAAAUCUCCUCUCCUCCACCAUCCAAAUCACCAUCUCCUCCCGAAACCCUAACGAACGGGUCGGCAUCUACUACGAUCGUCUGGAUAUCUACGCAGCCUACAAGAAUCAGCAGAUCACUCCGGCAUACAGCAUCCCCGGCCUGUACCAAGGUCAUAAGGACAUCGACGUCUGGUCUCCUUAUCUCUCCGGGUCCUUCAUCCCCAUCGCCCCUUACCUCUGCACCUCCCUCACCCAGGACGAAGCGAACGGAUUCCUCUUCCUCUAUGUCAAAAUCGACGGCCGGCUUCGGUGGAAGGUAGGCAGCUGGACCUCUGAUCACUACCAUAUCUUCGUCGAUUGUCCCGCUUUUCUGACAUUCGACAAUCGUGCUACCGGGCCGGUUAUCCGGUUCCAGCAGAUGUCCAAAUGCAGCGUCGACGUGUGAGAUCCAUUCUCAAUUUGUGAUCUCGCCGCCGGCGAUCGCCGGAUUUCUUUUAUCUCGUUUUUUGGAUUUCAGAUUUGGGGGUGUUAUGGGGGCAUGUUUGGUAAUUAGGGGAUAAUUAAGGGAAGAUAUGAUGAAGUGUAAUGAUUUAAUUACUGUCAUUAAGAGAAUAAUUAAUCAAUAAUUGUGGUUAAAAGGUCACUUUCGGUGGGGGAUGAGAUGUGGUAGGGGUGAGUG